AUUCUCCCCUCGCCCCGCAGAGGGGGAAUGGGGAGAGCACCUUUUAACUGGGUUUUGCUGGCUGCCUGGAGAGGGAGAAAGGAGGGGGCUCUUGCAUUUUCCUUUCCCCGGGGUGGCGGGAGAUGCGCUUUUGUUGCGGAGGUCGAUCUCCCGGGGGUCACUGGAGGGGUGGGAAAAAAAGAAAAACGGCGUUAUGCAAGCAGCGUCUCUCUUAUAUAAGGACUUCUAGCAAAUGCAUUGCUUUUUUAUUUUGUUAAAGUGACAGCACAGAAACCGCUUUUUUGCAAUCCUGUGCAACUUUUUACGCGGAAUCAGGGUAAACAGGCUGGGCAAGAGAAUUGUUCUUUUUUUAAUUAUAGAAAAGGGUUUUCAGCACGCCUUGCAUAAAUCAUCAGAACAAGGCUAGUACUUGAGCGAGAUAUUAUUUUUAAAAAUUAAAAAUCCACGCCCACCUGAGACCCGCAGAAUGCACGCGCGGACUAUAUAGCCCUCCCAGUCACAGCAAGCAAUGGCUGCAGUCGGGCAAGAGUCCAGCUACAAGGGAGAUGUCAGUCAACGGCGACGGCAGCUGCGCAGGCCCAAAAAACCAAGCCUCAGGCCCAACCUGAAAAGAGGAAACCUAAAACGGGGAUCUUGAUGUUAAACAUGGGAGGCCCAGAGACACUUGGAGACGUCCAUGAUUUUCUUCUUAGGCUUUUCCUUGACAGAGACCUGAUGACUCUUCCGGUCCAAAAUAAGCUGGCGCCUUUUAUUGCCAAGCGACGGACGCCCAAAAUCCAGGAACAGUAUAGUCGGAUUGGUGGAGGAUCGCCUAUUAAGAAAUGGACUGCUACGCAAGGAGAAGGCAUGGUGAAGCUAUUGGAUGAAAUGUCUCCCCACUCUGCGCCGCACAAGUACUACAUCGGAUUCCGCUAUGUCCACCCUCUGACGGAGGAAGCCAUUGAAGAGAUGGAGGAAGAUGGCAUUGAACGGGCUGUUGCUUUCACACAGUACCCACAGUACAGCUGCUCCACCACAGGGAGCAGCUUAAACGCUAUUUAUCGCUACUAUGACAAAAAGGGGGAUAAACCAAAGAUGAAGUGGAGCACAAUUGACAGGUGGCCAACGCACCCCCUUCUCAUUCAGUGCUUUGCAGACCACAUCCAGAAGGAACUGGACUUAUUUCCGCCCGACAAAAGGAAAGAUGUAGUUAUCCUGUUCUCAGCUCACUCUCUGCCAAUGUCUGUAGUUAAUCGUGGCGAUCCGUACCCACAAGAGGUGGGAGCAACCGUUCAGAGGGUUAUGGAGAAACUCAACUACUCUAACCCAUAUAGGCUUGUGUGGCAGUCCAAGGUUGGGCCUAUGCCUUGGCUGGGUCCUCAGACGGAUGAGACAAUCAAAGGGCUUUGCCAGAGGGGAAAGAAGAAUAUUUUGCUGGUUCCCAUCGCAUUUACUAGUGACCACAUAGAAACACUCUACGAACUGGACAUCGAAUACGCUCAAGUCUUAGCCAGUGAGUGCGGAGUCGAAAACAUCCGAAGAGCAGAAUCCCUUAAUGGAAACCCAUUGUUUGCCAAGGCCCUCGCAGACUUGGUCUCUUCCCAUCUCAAGUCGAACGAAAUCUGCUCCAAGCAGUUAACCCUCAGUUGCCCGCUUUGCGUGAAUCCCACUUGCCGAAAGACAAAAUCGUUCUUUACCAGUCAGGAGCUGUGAUGCGCAUUUGCAGUGGGUUCACCUGACACAGAGUAUAACCCUGCGGAUCCUGCCCUGUGCGCCCGUUUACACUGCUUUCUUUUGCCCCGCUCAGGGCCGCUUCAGACGGGACGAUUAGCCUCCUGUGUGUGCUAAGAAGGGUCCCAAAUGGGGUUUGCACUGGUCUGAAGGAGGGAUGAAUCUGAAAUAUUUUUAUGUUUUUUUUUUGUUUCUAUGGAGGGAUCUUGCAUUGGAAGGGAAGUAACAUUUCAAAGGGUUUCAUCCUGCCGGGGUUGCUGAGAACACACUUGUCUUCCUAUAAAGGCAUUCAGGGGACUCUUAGCACCUCGCAGUAUCAAGCUUGGCACUAGGCACUGAAAAAGGAGCAAAACUUCUGAUACUUAUGAGCUGCGUAUAUACUGGAGUAGGGUUCAUGAUUCAGCAGUGAUGUUGAAUAAUAGCGACUGGCUCGAUUUCAGCUUGCGGGGGCUGGUUGCUGUCCAGGUUAGUUUAAUCACUUCUGAAAGAACUACUUCAAGAUCUUGACCUGAGAGUUACAACAUAGAUCUCUUAAUAUGUACUUGUCAUAAAAAUAGUAUUUUUAAAAUCCUUCCAUGUAGGAUACUACUUUUUCCCCCUAUGUGGUGUGUUUUGUUUUGUUUUUUCCACGCUUGGAACUCUGCAACUAACCACACUGACCAUCACGCUGCUGAUACUGGUUUGUUUCUAAUCAACUGACACCUUUUUUAAAGCAUGUAUUUGUGUUUUUUUUAAAAAUGAAGCUUUUUUUCUUUUU